AUGAACGUAUUAAAAAUUCUAAAUUCUAUUUUAGGUGCUACAUAUGAUUCUGAUACAAUAGAAAUGGAUGAUUUUAAUACAACAGAAAGUAGUAGUUCUAAUCAAACGGAAAGUAACAAUUCUAAUAAAACGGAAUGUAGUAAUUAUAAAGAUUGUAAUUCAGUUGUAAUUGAUAUUCAAGAUGAAGAAUCAAAUGAAUCAAGGAAUUUUAAAUUAGAAAUAACCAGCAUUGAAGAUGAAAGAAGACGUUACUUGAAUUGUGAAAAUUUCAUUUUAUGUUUGAAAUGUAUUUCUUGUCUUUUAACCGCAUCGUUUAUUAUUCUCAUUGGUGUUGUUAUUUUCUACAUCAUAGCUAAAACUGUUUAUAAACUGUAA